UCACCUUUUAGGAACACGUCCCACAUUCACUUGAAGAAGAAGAGUGUGUUUAUUCUUCCGGUUUCUGUUGCGUCGUUUGGAUCGUUGCGGAUUAAAAUCACUAACCAACAAAUUGGGCCUAUCUAUAGCUUUGUAAUGCUGCAUAUGACAUGGCUGUAUCAAUGAGCUCCACUUGUCCUGGGCUGUACUGUGGAAGGACCAUCAUAAAUGAAUCUAUUGAAGGAGAAUGUGGGGUCUGUCCUCGUGGCCAAAGGACAAACCUAGAGAAGAUCUGCAUGAAAUGCACGGGCUCUCCUGAGCUGUAUGACUGGCUGUACCUGGGCUUCAUGGCGAUGCUGCCUCUGGUCCUGCACUGGUUCUUCAUUGAGUGGUAUUCUGGGAAGAAAAGUUCUAGUGCCCUUUUCCAGCAUAUCACGGCCCUGUUCGAGUGCACGGCAGCUGCCGUAGUGACUCUGUUGCUCAACGAUCCCGUCGGCCAGCUGUCUAUUCGUUCCUGCGAGGUUAAGAUGCUUUCUGACUGGUACACCAUGUUGUAUAACCCCAGUCCUGACUACGUCACCACGCUGCACUGCACGCAGGAGGCUGUGUUCCCUCUGUACACCAUUGUGUUGAUCUUCUACGCCUUCUGUCUUGUUUUCAUGAUGCUUCUGCGGCCACUUUUGGUCAAGAAGAUUGCAUGUGGCUUAGGCAAGACGGAUCGUUUCAAGAGCAUCUACGCAGCGCUGUACUUCUUCCCCAUCCUCACUGUCCUGCAGGCGGUUGGAGGAGGACUUCUUUACUAUGCAUUUCCAUAUAUUAUUUUGGUGUUAUCGUUGGUCACGCUGGCAGUUUACAUGUCAGCUUCAGAGAUACAGUCUUUCAAAAACCUUGUGGCUAAGAAGAAACGCCUCGUGGUUCUCUUCAGCCAUUGGCUCCUCCAUGCAUACGGUAUCAUUUCCAUAUCCCGACUGGAUAAACUGGGGCAGGAUUUGCCUUUGUUGGCUCUGGUGCCCGGACCCGCUCUCUUCUACCUGCUAACGGCCAGGUUCACGGAGCCGAACAGAAUUCUGUCAGAGGGUGGGAAUGGACACUGAUGUCACUUCCUUUGUAGGAGAAUCAACUUCCCCACAAACCCGCACGUUAGAGCUGCAUACAGAUGCCGUGGAGCAACUUUUAAUUCAGUAACACCUUUGGCAUGAACACCAAAAAGCCAUAAACAAAACAUUUAGUUAUUACUCAUGAUAUAUUGCCAUAAAGUUUUCUGUUACGUCUGUGAAUAUGCUUUUUUUGGGGGGGGGGGGUUGCUUGAUUGAACGGAGAUUAUGAAUGAAAUGCUUUGUAAAGAAUGUUCUUUUUCUUUACUGUUUUCCUUUGAAUCCUGAAAGCGAGUUUUGGAAAGUAGUCAAUGUUUUUGUAAAUUGAUUGUAACCUAACUAUAUAUUAUUCAUUAUAAUUUGCAAUUUGUAUCUAUUGUCAAGAAUAGUUACAAAUCAACAAUUUGCUGUAAUGUACAAUGUAUUUUUUGUGUGAUAUAUAUAUGAAACAGCUGGUCUGUGAAUUUCUUGAGUGCCCUGAAGUAAUGUUAACCAUUUUCGUAUGACAAACUUUCUUGUGCCAAAUAUAAUUGUAUGUAUUUCCGUUUUCUUUUCAUGUGCGGUUAAAUCAUAGCUUAACACUAUAAAAGGAAUAUCUUGACAAAUCAUAUUAGCAUGUUAUGAAUGUUUUGCUGCUGAA